AAAGUUCUUAAUGGACAAUAUAGUCUGAUGGAGUAGAGUUUACUUUAUAAAAAUAAAACAUGUCUUCGUCGUGGUCUGAAUAAAAAACAUGUCUCCGGUAAGUAAAUGGAAAAUAUACAAUAUAUAAAUAGAUGGUGAUGGGGUGAAAGUGACGUGGUGACUAGUAGACAUGAUUAUCUUAUGGCCGAUCCACCGUAUGAUGCUUCCUCCUGUGAUUUUGCUCAUAAAUAUAAUAAUUGUCCGAAUCUCACGCUCCCCUUUAUAAAUACACCAUCCUUAUUAUUAUUACAUCUCUCUCUCUUCGUCUCUGCAAACCAAGUUCAACGCAAGAACAAAGAAGACUCAAAAGAAAAAGACAAGGCCUCCCUAUUCUCUCGAACAUUAGCAAAUUCUAAGAUAUGGAUGUUGCGGUUGGCUAAAUCUCCUUGACUAGCAUUCCCUUUAAUGAUACAGAGAUGUGUCUGAGAAGAAACAACAUUAAUUUAACGACAAUCUUAGAUCCUAAAAACUCUAGAAACGAAGCCAUUGGUAUGGAAUAUGAAGCUGGACAUCAUCAUCAUUCAUCAUUGGUCACUGCGAUAGUCUUCUUCUCAUCAAACCUGUUUAUUCCUUUGUCUUUGAAAAUCCCUAUACGUGACGGGUUUCACGAGAUUCUUCAAUAACUACUUCUUCAUACACCAAAACUUUACUUUAGAUUAAAUAGAUAUUUAUAUUGGGAGAUUUAACCACUCUUGUUCAAAAGAUGGAGGCUGUUGUUAGUGGGAAGAAAAGGAUGGUAAAUCUUGAUCUAAGCUCACGGUUGUUGUCUGAGCCUUUGAUCCCUGGGUUGUCUGAUGAUGUGGCCAAGCUGUGUCUGGCGCUGGUGCCGCGUUCUAGCUUACCUUCCAUGGGACGUGUCUGUAAGAAAUGGAGGUAUGUCGUUCAGAGCAAAGAGUUUAUUACUGUGAGAAGACUCGCCGGUAUGCCUGAGGAGUGGCUCUAUGUCUUAACCAUGGAUGCUGGAGGGAAAGAGAGUCACUGGGAGGUGAUGGACUGUCUGGGACAUAAGCUAUCAUCUCUUCCACCAAUGCCUGGUCCUGUAAAGACAGGGUUUAAGGUGGUUGUUGUUGAUGGGAAACUUCUUGUUAUUGCUGGUUGUGCUAUGAUCAGUGGCUCUCAUGUUGCAUCUUCUGAUGUUUACCAGUUUGAUACUUGCCUCAACAGCUGGAGCAGACUAGCUGACCUGAAGGAGGCUCGCUAUGACUUUGCUUGCGCCGAGGUGAAUGGACUUGUUUAUGUGGUGGGAGGUCACGGUGGAGAUGGUGAGAGUCUGUCUAGUGCAGAGGUUUACGAUCCAGAGACAGGGGUUUGGACUUUCAUACAGUCUCUGAGGCGUCCGAGAUGGGGAUGUUUCGCUAGCGGCUUCAACGGGAAGCUCUAUGUGAUGGGUGGGAGAUCCAACUUCACCAUUGGUAACUCAAAACUUGUUGAUGUGUACAACCCUCAGUGUGGCUCCUGGUGUGGCAGAAAAAACGGUGUAACUAUGGUCACAGCUCAUGUUGAAGUAGGAAAGAAGCUCUUCUGUAUGGAGUGGAAGAACCAGAGGAAGAUGUAUGUCUUCAAUGCAGAAGAUGAUACUUGGGAAGUUGUGGCUCUUCCGCUGUCAGGAAGCUCGAGCGCCGGGUUUCAGUUUGGUAAGCUGAAUGGGAAGCUUCUGCUUUUUUCAUCUCAAGAAGAGACUGGUCACAGCACUUUGCUGUAUGACCCGGAAGCUGCACCAGGCAGGCAGUGGAAAACAUCUGAGAUAAAACUGUCUGGUUCCUGCGUGUGCAGCGUCACAAUCAUAGCCUGAUUGAUGAUGAUCUUAUUGAUACCAUUGUUGUUAAAUUUCUCCAUGAUCCAAACUCAAAUAGAGCGUUGAGUUUUAAACUGAUCUUAGAUACAGUUUGAAUAAAGUGGUGUGUGUGUGUGUGUGUGGUUUGAUUGAAACUGUUUUUUCCUUGUAACAUAUGUUGGAAGUUAAAAAAAAAAAUGAAAUGUGCGUUUGAUUUGUGUAGGC